CGCCAAAAACUUGACUCGCUAUGACACAACACCGAACAAAGGCCAAGUGUAACUAAUGAAAGGGACUGCAGUAUAGUGGCUCAAGUGAUAAAUAUCGAAUCCACGAGUCUCUAGAGUUACUAUUACUCAGCUUCAGUUUAUUAUUUAGCAAACCAGAUUAAGAUGAAAGAACUAAAACUACUCUAGCAAACUACAGUUAAAGUUAAUCUAAUUACAGGUUGGGAACUCACUUAGGCAUGAUUCCCCCUAGCCACUAGCCAGACUAACGAUUGAUGAUUUCUAACUUGUUUCACUUUCAUUCACAAUGCGGAGAAUCCUUGACUAGACCUUGAGUCUCGACUAAAGGAACAAGGCCCUCUUGAGUCAAUUGCCUAGAGGGACGUAUCCUUCUCUAGAACAACUGAUCAAGGCGUUCUGAACUAGACUCCCUCUAUCGAAAGAGGUUCUCAAUCGAUACAAAGCAGUGAAUCAACCCUCGACUAAAGCAAUCGAUCCACUACUAUCAAUCUAUGGUGCUCUAUUGACCUAAUUAGGUAUUCCCUCUCAUAGGAUCAAAGCAGAAUCAAUAAUCUCGACUAAAGCAGAAUUGAAUCAUGAAAACAUGCAUAGAUUGAAUAUGAACUCAAGAUUAUCAAGUCAGAGUACUCAUACAAUCAUCCAAUCAAACAAACAUAGCUAGGGUUCCUCAAAACCUAAGUGAAGGGAAGUUACUCCAUAGAGAAGAGAGAGACUGCAGUAAGAAUCUUCAGAUGAUUAGUCUUCAAGUCCGGGCUUGUUCCUCGAGCUUCCAAAGCAAAGAAAUCCUCCAAUUCCACUCUUAGAAUGCCCUCAGAUUGCCCUCUCUAUCUUUGGUUCGUCCCUUGGGUGUUUGGGAUCCAAAACCCAGCUCUCCCCUUUCCUUUGGCUGAAAAUCGGGUUUUAACCAGCAAUUCCCGACUCACACGGGCAGGCCGCACGGCCGUGCAGCUCACCCAGUUGCCCGUGCGAGUCAAAACGCAGCGUAUCGAUUAGUUGAAUUCCAGGCUUCUUACACGGCCAGGGUCACACGGCCGUGCAGCUCACCUUGCACGGCCGUGUGGAUUUUCUGCUCUGCCCGUGUUUGCUCUCGCACAAUCCCACACGGCCAAACUGGUCACUUGCACGACCGUGUGGGUUGUGGGUGUGCCCGUGCGACUUCCUUUGUGACUUGCCUCGCGCCCGAUCUUCGCCCAAUCGACCCCGAACUCACUCCUAAACCUUCAUUCACUUGCCAGGACCUGAAAUAUCACAAACAAGCACAACCUAGCGUGAAAUCGGUCUAAAACACGAGAAACCACAUCUCAAACGGUGUAAGAACAGGGGUGAAAACAUGUGUAAUUAACGGUCUAUCAGCUACUAUCAAGUGCGGAUAGCAGAGGGCGACGGGCCAAAGACGGCUUGUGUGACGAGGUAUGGCUCUUACGAGUUUCUUGUGAUGCCAAUCGGUCUCACCAACGCACCAACCACGUUUUGCACUUUGAUGAAUCAAGUGUUCGAGUCAUUCUUGGACCGGUUUGUUGUGGUCUACUUGGAUGACAUCGUCGUGUAUAGCAAAACACUCGAUGAGCAUGCCGAGCAUCUACGCCAAGUCUUCUAAGUCCUUCGCGACAACGAGUUGUACGUCAAGAGGGAGAAGUGCACAUUUGCCGCUACGGAGGUUCCAUUCUUGGGGCACAUUAUUGGUAGAGGCAAGUUAAAGAUGGAUGGAGCGAAGGUGCAGGCAAUCCAAGAAUGGGAGCCACCGACGAAGGUGCCAGAGUUGCGGUCAUUCCUCGGCCUUGCCAACUACUAUCGGAGGUUUAUCAAGGGCUACUCCAAAAUUGCAGCACCCUUGACGGAUCUCUUGAAGAAGGACAAGGCGUGGGAUUGGUUGGAAAGGUGCCAAGAAGCAUUCGAGGCCUUGAAGGCAGCGGUGAUGAAGGGGCCCGUGCUCGUGCUCCCCAACCCGACGUUGGCCUACAAAGUGCAGACUGAUGCAUCCGACUUCGCAAUUGCGGGCGUGUUGAUGCAAGAUGGGCAUCCCAUUGCCUUCGAGAGUCGGAAGCCCAGCGAGACGGAGAGGCGAUACACCGUUCAAGAGAAAGAGAUGACGGCUGUGGAUGAAGGAUGGGCUCAUCAUGACCAAGGGAGAGCGGGUGUUCGUGCCAAGAUGGGCCAACUUGAGGAAGGAGAUCAUGAAGGAGUGCCAUGAUUCCAAGUGGGCGGGCCAUCCCGGCAUCGAGAGAACGCAAGCGCUCAUCGAAAAAGCAUA